AUGAAGGACAUCAGGUUCUUUGCCUUCAAACUUUUCAUAGUGACAAUAUGGCUUUUUCAUCAAGCCUUGGCCAUCGGAGAAAUCCAUCAGGUCAUGGAGUCGCUGAAUGGAUCAAAUGUGGAAUUCCACCAAGCGGUUAUCGACAUCUCAACCCCAGGACAUCCAAAAUAUGGCCAGCACAUGACGCGAGAGGAAAUGAGGGAGAUGCUGCGCCCUGACACCGAUACCAUGGAAAAUGUAAUUACGUGGUUGAUGUCCGAGGAUGUGGCUCCUAAUGUGGUUGUUGUUGAGGGCAGCUGGAUCAAAUUUCAGGUUCCACUCGCACAGGCAGAGCGUAUGCUGAAGGCUCAGUACUUUUAUUACCACGAUGUCGCGAAUCAGAACACUCUCAUCCGAACGCUCAUUUACUCAGUACCCGAGGCUGUCCAUUCCAACAUUGCAUUGAUCCAACCGACGACGCGGUUCGGACAUAUCAACCAACACAGCGCCCCGGGGCCUGACAAGCCAAUGAUUGCUAGUCCAGAGGACUUGACCACCGAAUGUGGCUUCGUGGUUAGACCUGAGUGUCUUCGAGAUUUGUAUGAUGUCAAGAACACUUCGGCAAGCCCAGACCCCCGGAACCGGCUAGGCAUCUCGGGGUUUCUUGAACAAUUCGCCCGUCAUAGUGACUUGUAUGAUUUCAUGAAUGGGCUCUCACCGAAGGAGUCCGAUGCGAACUUCAGUGUUGUCCGCAUCAAUGGCGGCUUGAACGACGAGGAUUCGCCUUCAGGUAGCACCGAGGCGAGCCUGGAUAUACAGUAUUCGAUAUCGCUGGCAUAUAAAACCCUUGCGACCUUCUACGCCACCGGAGGUCGAGGACCGCUGGUGCCGGACACGGAACAACCAAAUGCUAGCCAGUCGUUCAAUGAACCUUACCUUGAGCAACUUCAUCAUCUCAUAAAUCUGCACAAUGAAGAGUUACCAGCAGUGCUAACCACUUCUUACGGCGAGGCAGAGCAGACUGUUCCGGUUUCAUAUGCCACGGCAAUCUGUGAUUUGUAUUCGCAGCUUGGGGCCCGGGGCGUGUCAGUCAUAUUCAGCAGUGGAGAUUCUGGUGUCGGAAGUUCUUGCCAACGGAAUGAUGGGUCGUAUCAAACGAGAUUUCUUCCAGGAUUUCCGGCCUCGUGUCCGUUCGUCACCUCUGUCGGUGGGACAUAUAGUCAUAGGCCAGAGAGAGGAGCAAGUUUCUCCGGCGGUGGCUUUUCCGAGGUAUUCCACCGCCCUGCAUAUCAAGAUCAAGUAGUGCAGGGCUAUAUUGGUCAAUUGGGUGAUCAAUGGAAUGGACUGUAUAACCCCCAAGGAAGAGGCAUUCCCGAUGUGUCGGCUCAGGCAAGUGGGUACUUAAUUCGGGAUCAUGGGAUGUAUAUGAGGAUUAGUGGAACAAGUGCAUCGGCGCCCGUAUUCGCCGGCAUUGUGUCCCAGUUAAAUGCAGUUCGUUUGGCGCAAGGAAAGCCUCGGAUGGGGUUUAUUAACCCUUGGCUCUAUAGUACGGGGUUAUCUGGAUUCACGGACAUCGUAGAUGGAGGUUCCCGGGGCUGUUAUGGCGGCACACAUGGGGUUUCUGUACCCUUCGCAAGCUGGAAUGCCACCAUAGGCUGGGAUCCUGUAACGGGACUUGGAACACCCUUGUUCUCAAAGUUGGCUCAGCUGGCUCUUUUCGAGACUGGAAGCUGA